UAUGACAUCUUAAACAUCAAAUAUCACACAGUUUGUUAAACAACUACCACCACAAUCUGUCUUCCUUCCUGUUAAUAUAUAUCAGAAAUUGUUAAAAAUUAAAAUUACAAAAAAUGGAAGAAACCGACAAUAUGUACUGUUCAUCGGACGGAUCGAUCUAUAGCGAUGUAGCUGCUGCUGCAUGUUGCUAUGCAGUUUGUCGAUUAGUAAAUAGACUCCUCAAGCAAAGACUCCUCAAGCAAAGCUAUGAUAAGGGUCUUUUGAACGUGCAUCUAUUCAGAAAGCUUGUCCAUAUCAGCAUGGGAUUGAUUAUCAUGCUUUGCUGGCCAAUGUUAAGUUGUGGUCGGCGCCGUAGAAUUCUCGGAGGACUUGUUCCGGUGUUAUGCAUGUACAGAGUACUUCUUGCCGGAUUUGGAACAAAUUACAAACCUAUGGACUCUCAAGGAAGAUACAGAGAUUACAGGGAGCUGCUGAAGGCAGCAUUAGGUUAUGCUCUGGCAGUGUUUUUGGCCACUAUUUUUCACUUGAGAAGUACUCCUUUAGCCAUUGCAACUAUUUCAAAUCUCUGUGCUGGAGAUGGGAUAGCUGAUAUCGCAGGGAGACGAUAUGGCAGCUGGAAACUUCCGUACAACAAAAACAAAUCAUUUGCUGGAAGUAUUGGCAUGGCGAUUUCUGGAUUCACUUCUUCCAUUUUAUUUAUGUUCUAUUUCUCUUGGUUCGGGUACAAUAUUCGAGUAAGCCCGAACAUGGUCUUAGGAUUCUUGAUGGUGUCGGUUGCCUCUGCACUAGUCGAAUCCCAUCCGUGGAGUACUAGACUUGACGAUAAUCUCACGGUUCCCCUAGCCUCCGCGGUGGUUGGAACUUUCUUUCUUUUAUACUAAAAUUAUUUACUGUAUGUGUAAGUUUGGGAUGUAUUUAUUGUUGAAGCAUUAGGGCUACUGCAUUAUUAUUUGAUAAUAAUGAUAUAUCUAAAUUUUUA